UUUUUUCCCUCAUUUCUUUUUUUUUUUUCUUAUUUCUUCUUUGUAUACAUAACUUCACUUUUUCUUUCUUACUUGUUUUCCAAUUGUACAUAUAAACUUAUUAUACCAAAUGAUCACUAUUACCCCUACAGAAGAAAGAAAACGAUCUAUGGAUGAUGAUUACUUAUUACAAGUAUUUCAGAAAAGAAGACCAAGUCUGAACUUUACGGUACCAGAUUUCAAAUGCGAUGCUUAUUAUCAAGAAUCACUUCAAACGUUGAGUCUUUCAGAUAUUUUACAGGAGUAUCACUCUAUCAUCUUAUUCUUUUAUGAAAGGGAUUUUACCAAUAGCGCUAUUAAUGAUAUUCUUCAAGUCAGAGAAUGUUAUAAGGAAUUCAUGGACAAAAAGGCAUUACCCAUUAUGAUUUCAACCGAUACUGCCAUGGUUCAUCGAGGAUUCUGUUCUUCUUCAAUUCAAGGUGGAUUAAAUACUGUACCUGAAUUUCCUUUACUCGGAGAUGCAACACGGUUGAUAUCAAGGCAUUUUGAUGUUUUAGAAAAUGAAACCGGUAAUGCUCGACGGUCUGUAUUUGUGAUUGAUCAUCAUCAUAAAAUCAAAUAUAGUUUCAUGCCAUUGGAUAGCGAACAACCUUAUUCAAUGUCGGUUAUAUUAUCUAUGGUGAGUAAUAUCACAAAAUGAUGUCGAUUUUACAAUCAAAGUCAAUCACACACAUAUCCAUCGUACAUAGUAUCCAUUUGUGAAUAGUUUAGUUCUCUUUUUUAUAUAUCAUCCACGUUUCAAUAAACCAACUUUUGCAAUAUG